CAACUUUCAUUCAAUUUGUCGUUCGCUGUCGGUUUUGCUUCGUGCCUCGUGGCGUGUAAAGUAAAUUUUUAUUUUAACUUCGAAUUUGUUAAAAUAAGCGGACUAGAUCAAAAUGCCAUCUACAAGCGUUAAGGAUGUAAAUCAGCAUGAUUUUGUUAAAGCAUUAGCAGCUCACCUGAAAAAAUCAGGAAAGCUUAAAGCUCCUGAAUGGGUGGAUGUGGUUAAAACUGGAAUUCACAAAGAACUUGCACCAUAUGACGAAGACUGGUUUUAUACCCGCUGUGCUUCAGUUGCGAGACAUCUGUACUUGCGAUCUCCUGCUGGAGUUGGUGCUUUUACAAAAAUUUAUGGUGGAAGGCAUAGACGAGGAACCAGACCUUCACAUUUUUGCCGGGGCUCUUCCAGUAUUGCCCGCAAAGCUCUUAAAGCUUUGGAAGGUAUCAAACUUGUAGAACAAGAUCCUAAUGGUGGUAGGAAAUUGUCCAGCCAAGGUCGAAGAGAUCUUGAUCGUAUCGCCAGUCAAAUAAGAAAACCAUCUGUUGUGUAAAAGAACUUUCCGAAAAUAAAUUCUUUAUUACAUUAA